UGAGGGUGAAAAACCUGGCAAGCAAAGUUGUUAGAUUUGCGUGCAUGUAUUGACAAGAUGAUGCCGCUCUCGGGAGCAAGAGUGAUCUUGUGGUUCCUCACCUCAUCGACAUCCCGCCUUCUUGGUAUGGUACCACUGCUCUUGUCGUCAGUUUACGGCUCCAAACGUACCGCCAAUCCGGCUUCCCAACAAGCGCCCUCUUGCGUUUUUGAUCCGUUUUGGGAACCGGAGGUCCGGGAAUAUAAUUUCGCGCAAAUACCUCCUUCGACGACAAAGGGACCAACGGUCUCCAGCGCCGCAAGAAAUAUAGGCGCAGCACCAGCACUAUCUCCCUUUUCAAGUCACGCCAAAAAAACGAUCAACGAACAGGAGCAGAACGACCCGGAGGGCCAGCUGCCGAGUUUUUCCAAAGACAGCCUUUCCUUCGAUCGUGUGGUCGACCUGGCGAUCCAGGGUCAGCCCUUCAUCGUCCGCCAAACAUCCGGUUCGACGUCUCCUUCCGGCACAUAUAAUCAGGUGGCAGAUCAUCUUGAUCUUGAUCUAGAUAAAGACAAAAUGCUAAAACCGGCAACAUCCACCUCCUUGUCCUGGCCUUUCCAAAAUUGGACGUGCGCGGAUUUCGCAAAGUCCUACCCCGACGCCGAGGCACGCGACGAGCUGGACCACCAGACGCGCUUCGCGAUCAAGGAUCUCGACGGUGCCGCGGCGAGAAACCCGACGCGGUUCCGACCCGUGCCCGUGCAUCAUGCUGCUUCCGGCAUUCAGGAAACCAGCAACGCGCCCAUCCGCUGGCCGGCCCACAUUGAGCCGGAUCUCGCGGUGAGACAGAAACUGAGGGAGCAGUUCCAACGACAAUCGAACUAUCCGAGUUGGUUGCAGCUUUCAUCAGUAGUAGAUCGGGAUCGUGUCGAGCUGUUGAAUCAAAACCAUACAGCCGCGAUCGCCGAAAACCAGAACAGCAUCGCAGACACGUUUGAGCUGUGGUUCUCCCCGCCGGGCGGGACUGCGGUGCACGCGCAUGCCGACGGGUACUGCAGUCUGACCGGUUCUAUCCAAAUCCGGGGCCGAAAACAAUGGCGGGGCAUGAUGUACCCCGCGGGCGAUAGCAUUGAGCACCGGUUUAACGUCUUCGAAAAGGGGAUAUACCGUGUCGGAAGCACGCCGGGGUGGGAAGCUGGCGUUGUGCCGGGAACGUCCAGCAGCGCAGCCAGGCGGCAACAAACAGUUGCAGACCACUUUGCGCACGCUGACGCGGAAAAGCGAAGACAAAGAGAAAAAGCAUCACAGAAAUCGAAAAUAGAGGUACACGUUGCCACCGAAGUCGAAAUUGACGACGAAGAAGAUGACGUGGAGAAAAUCAUCGAGGACGACGAGAACAAUCUUUCUACAAAACCUCGCAGAGGAGCGUCGACUACCUCCGAUCGGAAAAUACUGGCAACUGCCGAACGAAAAACAUCAAAAGAAGGAGCAUCUUCUUCAACAUCUUCACUGUUGCGCUCGAGCUUGUGGCAACCAGAAACCGAUUUCGUACUUGGUCCCGGCGACAUGUUCUUUUUUCCUCCCGGGUACGUACACGAAACCUAUGUGGCACCCUCGUUGGGAUCAUCACUGCAGGACCAGUGUGCCAUCGCAUCCACGUUUCAGUUGUCACUCCCCGCACCUACAAAGUACCUCCGGUCCUUCUUUCCCCGGUUGACCAACUCGCACUUGCAGUACGGUCGAGAGGACCAGAUGUUGAAAAAUGCCACGUGUGUCCCGGAUAAGUUUCUGGAUUACAUUUUCUUUGACCAGGAGAAGAAACCGCAACCUUUCCCCGUGCUGGAUACCAGAGUUUGGGAGCGACAGACGAAGGAGAUCUGGAGGAAGGUGAAAGUGUUCAGUCGCAGAAAUGAAGGCUAUAUAUACGACGACAUCAGUGCGGCUGACAGCAAAACUACUAGUCGUGGGAGCACUUCUUCUCCCGGAGGUGGUCCGACGGCGACCGAUGAGUUCCUUCAUAAGUACCUCUCUAAAGACGAGCUGUUGAUUUUCCUGCAGAUGAAGCUAUCCAAGAAAAAACACCCAUCCCCAUCCAUUUUUUGCAUAACAAAUUGUGGACUUUAUGCAUGUUUCGCAUGACAAAUUGGAUGGGGAUGGGUCUUUUUUCCUGGAUAGAAGCGAGCGGCGGACUCCGGCGGGGGGCCCACGAGCUUCUUCCGCAAGGCGGACCAGCUGGUCACGAAGCCCGAAGUGCAGUUGAAAAUCAACAAACGAGAGACACGGCCCGUCGCGGAGUACCGUGCCCAGGUUCUGCGGAUGCGGAUGCUAGAGCUCUUCGGUUGGCACGACCGGGACGAGGACGACCGCAUUUCGCUGCAAGAAGUGUUUGAAAGCGUGGCGCAGGCGCAUGUUCUGAUGCACCGCCAAACGCGCAUGGGCGACCUGCUGAAGAAAGAGCGGGAGAUCAAUUCCGGAGUGGUGGCAUCGUGGUUGGUACGGAAGUGGAAAGCGCUGGACGACCAGCUGUACGGAAAAUUCCGGCGGAAGGGCGUUCCGAUCCCAGUCGCUUUCUUGACGGGGGAGGACGAGCAGCCACAAGAACCGCCCGUGGGAUUCGACAGGAAACCAAAGCGAAGAAGUGAUCGAUAUUACCGAAAACACGACGUCCGCUAUUUUGGCGAGUUGUAAAGACGACGACGAGACAUGACUCGUCGAAAAAGAAAACGCAUAUACAAACCUAGCUGUGUAUAUCAUCGUGUGGAU